AAGACUUCGUUCGUUAAUUUAAAAACUAUAGGUUGAUCUCAUGAAAUUAGAAUAUUAUUUGUCAUAUUAACGCGCAUUAAACCUUAUGCCUUGCCUUAUGUAUCUUUAAUUGUACGAAAAGUGCGAAAGUAAAAAAAAAAUUAUCCUUCCAAAAAAAAAGUUCUUCUCAAAAGUGCAAUUAAAUAGUGUAAGAAGAAGAAUCUCAAAACAAAAUGGUGUACUACCAGUCGACUCCACUUAUUAUAAAAUCGGAACAACCUAGUCAAGCACAAUUUUGCAGCCCUCUCCAAUCAACUCCAAAUACCGUAUCAACCGUGUCAACACAACUUCAAACCACUCCACACAACUACACCAUUAAUGACAACAAUGGGUGUGCCAUUGUAUUACAACAACAGCAAUCAACACAAGCGAGUAUUAUAAAUGGACAAACUCAAAAUUUCAGUGAAUCAAAUUCAUCUUACUUAACCAAUAUUAAAACUGAAGUGCGAUCUCCACAAAUCAGUUUCUAUACGACAACAACAACAGCAGCAGCAGCAGCAACAACAUCUUCCACACAAGGGCACCCCAGUUCUGUUGCAAAUUUACUGCCACAAUCAACGCAGAUCAUCACGGAUAAUUGUAUUAUUAGCAAUAAUACAAAUUCUGAAAAUCCCCGUUCAAUUUUUAGCAAUAACUCAGUGGAAGUCAUACCAACGAAACCGGGACGCAAAUCCUCAGCCAAUAAACCACAAUUUAAAUGUGAGCAAUGUGGUAUGACUUUUGGCAGCAAAUCGGCACACACAUCACAUACUAAAUCACAUGCCAAAAAUUUAGAAUUAAUCAUAAGCGGUAAUGGCGGUGCAGGUGAUAUAACUGAGAGUGGAUUGCUGCUGGGUAUACCAAAGACACCGCAAAUUAAGCCAUACCCAAAUGGAGUGAUUGGUGCGGACCCCUAUCAGUGCAAUGUAUGUCAUAAGACUUUUGCUGUUCCUGCAAGACUGAUUCGUCAUUACAGAACUCAUACUGGAGAAAGGCCUUUUGAAUGUGAGUUCUGUCAUAAACUUUUCAGUGUAAAAGAGAAUCUUCAAGUACAUCGACGUAUACAUACCAAAGAACGUCCGUACAAAUGCGAUGUUUGCGGACGUGCCUUCGAGCAUUCAGGUAAAUUACAUCGACACAUGCGCAUUCACACUGGCGAACGGCCACACAAAUGUUCCGUUUGUGAGAAGACAUUUAUACAAUCUGGACAGUUGGUUAUACACAUGCGCACACAUACAGGAGAGAAACCAUACAAAUGUCCAGUUGAAGGAUGCGGUAAGGGGUUUACGUGUUCAAAACAACUAAAAGUGCAUUCGCGUACACACACUGGUGAAAAACCAUACCAUUGCGAUAUAUGCUUUCGAGAUUUUGGCUAUAAUCAUGUUUUAAAAUUGCAUCGUGUACAACAUUAUGGUUCCAAAUGUUACAAAUGUACUAUAUGCGACGAAACAUUCAAAAAUAAGAAAGAAAUGGAAGCACAUAUAAAAGGACAUGCCAAUGAAUUGCCGGAUGAGGAGGAGGAAGAUAUAAGAAGUAGCAGCGAUACACAUAAAAAUGUGCCACAGCGUUCCUCAUCCAGAAGUUCUAGUGUGGAAUGUUCUUCAGAACCGGGUUCACCGCAAUCAAUGAAAUCAAAUACUGUUGUUGGAAAGGUGAAAAAGACAAAGCAAUCUCGUUCAAAGAUAAACGACAACGGUGCUAUUGCUCUUUCUAAAGAACCUUUAUCACCCAGUUCACCAAGUUCUACACUUUCAUCAACUUCAUCACUGGCAUCAGUUUCUCGUCUUUCAGCGGGGUCGCCCGUUUCAUCUGUUGCGUCACCAACAAUGCCUAAUAAUUAUGAGACUGAUCAUCAAAGUCACGAUAGUAGCGUUGCAGGUACUAGUAAUAAUCGUCAAUUUUUAUCAACGACAAAGUUUUCAAUUAGAACUGGCAACACUGAUAGCUACAAUAAUGCUCUUGAAGUACCAACGGACCUAAGUGUACCGCAUCAAUUACAAACCCAACAGACAACGAAUUAUUAUGAGCAACAAAUUUUGAACAAUUCAUAUGUACGAUUAUCACCAGUGCUACCAAUUGCCCAAAAUCAAUCGCAUUAUCAAAUACAUAUUUCUCAAAAUAAUCCAGUUGGUGCACCAACUAUAAAUCCUGCUUUGUUAGAAGCAGCCUCAAUUGCGAGCAGUAGAGAUAUGUUGGAACCACGUGAAGAGGAUGUGACACAAGCAGCACUUCAAAUUAUGCAGUUACACCGUUCACAAAAACAGCACCAUCAAGCAUUACUUAUAAAUCAGGAUCUUACCCAAUAUGAUGACACUCACGAAGACACGGAACUGAUAGAACAUUAUAAACGUGGAGAAUUUACUAGACAUGGUUUCAAUAAUCGUUAUGCGCCCGUUCCAAAAUUCGAGUCUUCGUUGCUAAAUAAUGAAAUUAUUGUAAGACAAGUUGAAGCUGCUAUUGCACCACUUCGUUCCUCUACUGAAUCACCUGAGCGUUCAUCGUCGCCUGAAAGUGACUCAAUGAUGAUGGCUGAUCGAGAUAUUAUGACACUGCCAUUACGCAAACGCAAACUCUACAUGAACGAGGAUCCGACAGAAGCUGCUAUGGCAUUGGAAGCUCAGCAAAAUCAUAAAUUACAAUCACACACGCGCAAAAGUAUAAACAACAGUGAUCCAGACAUUAAUAAUAUUAAUAUUAGUAACGGAACUGCAAAUAAUAGCGAGAAUGGCAUAAAAGUUAUGCGCAUGAGUUCUGUAAUUCAAUUUGCCAAAGCGUCUUAAAAUGAUGUUGUCAUUCAGAGUUGAAUUUAUACAUUUCCGUUUUCUAGAAAAAAUUAAUAAAGUGGAAAACAAAUGGAUAUUGGAUCUGCAUAUUGGUGCUAAUUAAAUUAUUGCAUUACCUC